ACUUGAGAUUUUGGUUGAAUUGGUUUUUUGACAUGACAUUAGAGUUUUGCUGAAGAAGAGGUCACGAGUUCGAAACUCAUUGCCAUCAAGUUUUUAAAAAAAUAAGGUUUCACAUGCAGGACUUGAAGCAACCACGCAUGCAUGUGAGGGGAUAUUUAGAAUAUAAAAACCUUUUCUGGGCCUACAACCACAGCUACUAUCUAAAGUAGUUUAAUAUCAUUAAAUCAUAUUACACGAAAUCCCUUGAGGAUGGAUAUGCAGCAAGUUUUGCAGACCAAAUCUUCUGUUAAUGGCAAUGGAUUUGGCUAUCGUAAGCCGCAAAGUGCAAAAUCCGGUCACCGCCGGUUGACAAGUGUAGGAAAAGGGGGUGCAUUUGACGGUGCUUCACGAGAUCGGCUAUUUUACACAACUGCAUGCCUUAUUGGACUUCAAGUGGAAGUACAGGUGUUGGAUGGUUCUGUUUUUUCAGGGAUACUUCAUGCAACUAAUGCUGAUAAAGAUUUUGAUAUUGUUCUGAAAAUGGCUCGCCUUAUAAAAGAUGGUUCUCGUGGGCAGAAGAGUAGUUCUGAAUCUCUUAGCAAGCCUACUUCGAAAACAUUCAUAAUACCAGCUAAAGAGCUUGUGCAAGUUACAUCCAAGGGUGUCCAUUUAACUCAAGAUGAUGUAAAAUUCGAGUACCAGUUGGAAAGGCAGCAUGAAUUAAUGACUGAUUCAUGCAUAUCACAAUCUCAGAAUGUUGAGACAGAGCGAGAGUUGGAGCGCUGGGUACCUGAUGAUGAUACUCCUGAGUGCCCUGAACUAGAGAACAUAUUUGAUGGCCAUUGGAAUAGGGGCUGGAACCAAUUUGAAGUAAAUGAAACACUCUUUGGAGUGAAGAGCACAUUCAAUGAGGAACUCUAUACAACAAAGCUGGAGAGGGGCCCCCAAAUGAGGGAUUUGGAGAGGGAAGCUUUAAGAAUUGCAAGAGAAAUACAAGGCGAGGAAACCCAUGAUCUUCACCUGGCAGAGGAAAGAGGAGUUCAGCUUCAUGGAAACCUUGAAAUUGAUGAGGAAACUCUGUACUCGUCAGUCUUUAGGGGGGUUGAUGAUAGUGGUUGUGAUGAUUGCGAGGACAUAUUAUUGGAUAAAUGCAAUGAUGAAACAUUUAGUACAGCCACAGGGGAAUCAUUCAUCAGCACGAGCAGCAAAAAAUCUAAUGAUGUUCAAGAACCAGCACAAACUUCGUCCAUGGAUGAAGCUCGAUUGUCUAUAUCGAGUACUCGUGGGGAUAUCUCUUCAGCUUUUUAUAACCAGGCUAAAGAUUAUCAGGGAGAAUGUGUUAAUGCUAUGAAUGACAGAAGCGUUCAUGAUAUUCAGAUUACUGAAGUAACUGAACAUACUGGCGGUAAUUGCUCAACCGAAAUUACUGGAAGGAAAAUGCUGGCUGAUGAGGGAGGUGAGGGGUUAAAACCUGAGGCUACCCGUGAGGACUUAAUGUUAUCCGAGGAAGCCAAAAAGGAACCAUCAGAUAAGAGUGAACUAUCUUCAGAUGUCAAUCCACUUACUUCAGUGGCCAAGAACCGGGGGAAGAUUAGGGGAAUGUCACAGCCUGCUGAUUUUAACACUUCAGUUUUAUCCACAUCAGGUGGAGGGGGUACUCCAGUUUCAGUUGAUCCUGGAUUAUCAAGAAAUUCGUCUGUGAGUUCAUUGGCCUCAGAAAAAUCAAGUUUGAAUCCAAAUGCUAAGGAGUUCAGACUAAACCCCAAUGCUAAGAGUUUUGUUCCUUCCCAAGCACCUCUAACUCCUGCAUCUCCAGUUUCUGACGGUUCUUUCUACUACCACUCAACAAAUGUGACAUCUGUGCAGCAUGUGCAUGGCAUUGGAAUGGGACCAUCCUAUGCAGGACAUCAUCCAGUUAUACUUACCCCGCAGGUUGCUGCAACUUCACAACCAUAUUAUCAUCCAAACGGACCUCAGUAUGGGCAGCAGCAGGUGAUCAUGGGCCACCCUCGGCAAGUUGUCUAUAUGCCAACCUACCCUCAUGAAAUGCCAUACAGGAGAGGAGGUUUCUAAGCACCGGAGAAGAAGCCACAAUUUAUCUUCCAACUUUCCAAAGCUUUGCUCAUUAUGGAAUACUCUUUGUUUUGCACACCAAACGGUUCUCUACUUGUUUCUACUGUGUUUGGUUGUGUGGGUGGUGGGUUUGGGGGGGGGGGGAUUACCAGUUGGAUUUGAGUCUCUUUAUCACAUUAAAUUGUCCUCAAAAUGUGCCAUAUAGAUCAACUCUGUUUCCUACUUUUAGCAUUUUUGUCUAAAACAUCCUCGUGAUAAUGUGACACUAUAAUGUUUCUUUUGGAAAAUAAGGUAUUUAGUUGAAU